ACCAUGCCCGAGGGCGGCGGAGGCGACAGCGGGGAGGUGCCCGCGUUCAUCCCGGACGGCGAGCCGCUGCGGGAGGAGCAGCGGCCCUUGAAACAGUCCCUGGGAAGCUCCCUGUGCCGAGAGUCGCACUGGAAGUGCCUGCUCCUCACGCUGCUCAUCCAUGCCUGCGGCGCCGUGGUGGCCUGGUGUCGCCUGGCCACCGUGCCCAGGCUGGUCCUGGGGCCUGAGGCAGCUCUGGCCCGAGGGGCCGGGGUCCCCCCCCCCACCUACCCGGCCAGCCCCUGCUCCGACGGCUACCUGUACAUCCCGCUGGCCUUCGUCUCCCUCCUCUACCUCCUCUACCUGGCCGAGUGCUGGCACUGCCACGUGCGCUCCUGCCAGGCCCCGCGCACCGACGCGGGCACGGUGCUGGCGCUGAUCCGCCGGCUGCAGCAGGCGCCGCCGUGCGUCUGGUGGAAGGCCACCAGCUACCACUACGUGCGCCGCACGCGCCAGAUCACCCGCUACCGGAACGGCGACGCCUACACCACCACGCAGGUCUACCACGAGCGGGCCGACAGCCGAACGGCGCGCGGCGAGUUCGACUACUCGGCCCACGGCGUCCGCGACGUCUCCAAGGAGCUGGUGGGCCUGGCCGAGCACGCGGCCACGCGGCUGCGCUUCACCAAGUGCUUCAGCUUCGGCAGCGCCGAGGCCGAGGCCUCGUACCUCACCCAGAGGGCCCGCUUCUUCAGCGCCAACGAGGGCCUGGACGACUACCUGGAGGCCCGCGAGGGCAUGCACCUGAAGGACGUGGACUUCCGCGAGUCCCUCAUGGUCUUCGCGGACCCCCGCAGCCCGCCCUGGUACGCCCGCGCCUGGGUCUUCUGGCUGGUGUCGGCGGCCACGCUGUCCUGGCCGCUGCGCGUCGUGGCGGCCUACGGCACGGCCCACGUGCACUACCAGGUGGAGAAGCUGUUCGGGGCCAGCUCGCCGCCCCCCGGCGCGGUGCCCAGCGGGCCCCCGCUCUCCCGCGUGGCCACGGUGGACUUCACCGAGCUGGAGUGGCACAUCUGCUCCAACCGGCAGCUGGUGCCCAGCUACUCGGAGGCCGUGGUCAUGGGCGCCGGCUCGGGCGCCUACCUCCGGGGCUGCCAGCGCUGCCGCCGCUCCCUCAGCAGCAACUCGCUGCCCCCGGCCCGGCCCAGCGGGCCCCGCCUGCCUUUCAGCCGCAGCCGCCUCUCCCUGGGAGCUGGGGGUCGGGCCACACCAGGGGUCUUCCGAAGCCUGAGCGGGGGGCCACUGGGGCGCCGUGGAGAGGACACAGAGCCCCUGGAAAGCCCCCCGUGCUACGAGGACGCCCUUUACUUCCCGGUGCUCAUCGUCCACGGUGACAGCGGCUGCCAGGGGGAUGGGCAGGGGGCACUCUGAGACCCACGUGGCCUCCCGGAGCAGCCUCCUCCCCACCACCCUGCCACGGCCUUCAAUGCCUGAACAGCUGUUGUCCGAGACGGAGGGGAAAACAGACCAGCACAUGAGGCGGGGGGUGGGGUGGGUAAAGUCCUUAAACAGACUGAAGCGCAGUGACCCAGGGUCAUUUUGGGGGUGAAUGGACAGCACUGAAGUGGAGUCCGUGGACUGUCCCAACACCGCCCCUGCCACCGCCAUGACGUUCCACCCCCUGCAGUGGCUGGUGAUCCAGCUUAGGCCCCUCUCAGGUUGGGCAGUGGGUGGCGGGGAUGCUUCCAGAAAGCCUGACGGGGGAAGAGUCCUGGGGACAGCUGUUGCAUGCAGCCGAGGGCUGCCUCUAGGCUCUUCCCUGCACGGCUGAGGCCACACUGGGAGCCCUCGAGCAACCCAGAAGCACAAAUUGGUGGUUUGGGGCCAUGCCUGGCCGGGCCAGCCUCCACGAAGCUGAGGAGCUGGCUGUGGCUACUGGCCCCAAGUCCCCGUCCUCCUCCCCUGACACGCCCCCCCCUGCCUGCCCCCUGGUCUUUGCUCAGGGCCAGUCCCCAGUCAGACCCUGCGGCACAGCCCCUGUACUGGGAGCCAGGUUCUUGGAGCACAGCCUUGUCCCCCGUGGCCUCCUGUUUUUCCCCCGGUGUGCCCUCCCCCAACAUCCAGCUCCCCUAUGACCUGGGGUUCCUUCUCAGGGCCCCACCUUGAUCCCACAACUCCUGGUCUCUGCUCUUGUGACCCCCAAGGUCACCUCUGCCUCCAUCAGCCACCCACACGCUCCCCCAGGCUUUGCCCUCUCGUUGCGCCCCCAGACUUCUCCGCUUUUCACCUUCCUGAUGACCCACGGGGCCCGGGCCACAGGGCAUCUGAGGGACUUCGGCCUUGGCCACAGCCUCUUGGACGAUGCACCUGCUCUGCCACGGGGGCCCCUGCUUCUCCCACCGGUGGGGCCCAGCCCAGUGGACACCAGCCCUCCUCCAGGGAGGAGAGAGGAGUCCCCUUCCAACUGGGCUUUCCACCACCUCUCAGGGGCCAGUGGGGGAGGGAGGAGGCGGAGAAGAUGCAGAUAAAAUAAAAAGGUAUGAAAUGGAA